UCGGUUUUUUUUUUCAAUUUAUAUUGUGGUAACGUAUAGUUUUUGUACGCAGUACCUAAAUAUGUUUUAGAAGAUUUGAACAUAGUCUCCGGAAAAUAUCUUAUUGUUUUCACUCUUCCUCACUAAACAGUAUUGUUAUGGAGCAGAUAUGCCGGUUGUGUUUACAGCAAAACUCAGCUCUAGAGCCACUGCAUGAUGCCGAAGAUGUCGCGACUGAAAUCGAAAAAGGCGGCUUGAUAGGGCUCGUAGAACAGUAUCUUACUAUACAGAUAACCAAAUCGGAAAUAUCAAAAAAUUGCUCCAUUUGUGGGUCCUGUCGAACGACAAUCGAAGAGUGGCACCACUUUCGUGAAUACUGCCUUAGGAAUGAUGAAAUCUAUCAUGACAUGGUUUGCAAAGCGACCUCAAACGCGGUCGUCGAAAACGAAGCACAUUCGAACCUAGCUAUUGUGAAACUAGAAGGUGGCCUUAUAGCUGCAGACUGCAACGAAGAGCCAACCUCUGCUAGUCCCAAACCUCCGGAGGGGGAGGAAGAAUAUUUAAUUCUGGAAACGAUUGAUUACUCCGAUGCAGAGGAGUACCCUGAGGAGGAAAAACAGUUCAUUGUUCAUACCGACGAGAAGGAACCACAGAUUUCGGAUAAAAUAGAAUGCAAUUCAAACAUUCCAUUGAAAAAGCGAAUGAGACUCAAGGUGGAAGUUGACAACCGAAAUCAAGUUCAGCUGAAGGAAGAAUCUGAUAGAGAAUAUUCUGAAGAUGAUACCAAUGGAGACGAUACCGUUUCCAGUAAAGGUAGGAAAAGAAAUUCCAAGAAAGAUCUAAGCAAAGGUGAGAAAAGAACGGAUGUGUGUUCCAUUUGCGGAAAGUUCAUUAAAAAUAUGACUGAACAUAUGAGAAUUCAUAACAACGAAAGAAGGCAUCAAUGUCCGUACUGUCCGAAGGCAUUCGUGAGUGCGUCGAAUUAUAACUCGCAUGUGAACAUCCACACCCGGGCCAAAAUGUACAAGUGUGACCUGUGCGAGAAGCAGUACACCAUGUUGAAUAGUCUCAAACAGCAUCGGAUCACGCACUUCAAGGAGCGAAUCUAUCUGUGUCCGGUUUGCGGGAAGGCGUACUAUCAGCCCACGGGAUUGGCCCGACACAAACGGUCGCAUUUCGAGGAACCCAAGAUCAAAUGUUCAAAGUGCGAUAAGAUGUUCCUGACGAAUGCCGAUUUGAAAAAACAUUUCUCCAAACAUCUGGAAGAAAAACCGUUUAACUGCGACAUCUGUAAACGAGGUUUUAGCCGGAAAGAUAACCUCAAAACCCAUAUGAAAACCCACCAGGCAAAAUCGAAAACGUUGACCACUCUAAAAAUCGAAUCCUUUGUGGAUGUGAGCCACCCCGAUACUUAGGAAACCCCGCUGGCUUUCUUUUCUCCGUCUACGAUAAAAAUAUCAGUUGUCAGUUUUAUACUUAAAUCGAAUUCUUUCACGUUAAUUUGAGAGUUUUUUUCUGUCCAAAUAUUCAGAAACAACAAACAGCAUAUCUUUCAGUUUAAAUAUACAGCGUUUUUUAAGCAACAUUUAGUUUUGUUUCAUUUUAAAUAAAGACAUUUUACACUGCCUCAAUUCUGCCCUGCCACGGUAAAAGUUCAUCCAUCUCAAUUAGUUAUACAAUCCUGUUCAGUUCUAUGGUCGGUUAACAUCAAAUUUACACGAGCGUUCGUAGAAAAGCUAAUACACCCAUUGACUUGAUUUGACUUGGUCACUGUAAGAAUACACAUAAUAUAAUAUACUAUCUAUACAAUAGUACAAUUACUUCGCUCAAAUGAACGAAGCGAGCACUGCUCGCUGCGUUUCUGUUGCUUGUCUGUUAAAUACCUAUAAUUGUUAAGUUUAGUUCAUAACGAUUAACAACGCCAAUUGCGUUGAGCUUUUGAGUCAGUUUUCUUUUACUCGGACAAAACAAUGUUGCCUAU